AUACUUAAAACUAUUUUUAAAUGGAAGUCAAAAACGAACCAAGUGAUCAGAGCGUGACUGAGGAGGUAGAAGACAAGAUUAGAAACAAAAAUACCAUGAACAAUAUUAUCAGCACUAUUAAGCCAGAACUUAUAUUGGAAUAUUGCUACGGCAUAUACAGAUUUCAAUUAGUUGAUGGGGAGUUACGUACAGCCUCUUGGAAAUAUAUAGCAUUAGGCGGUUGUAUUAUCUUAGCCUACGUGUCUUUAUUUUUCAAUUUCAUCAGGUAUCCAGCCACUAUUAAUCAAAUUGGUGAUUUUGUGGACAUGAUGGAUGAAUUCCCAACGGUAGUGGUGCUCAUACAAUACAUUACAACGGCUCUGACAGCUUCUUGUUAUGUCAGCAAGGUUAACAUUCGUAUUUUUACAUCGCUCCAAGAAUUAGAUACGAAUUUGCAAAUUGCUACAUCAACUGACUUUUAUAAACAGUUGCGUUCACGAUUCAUCAUAUCUUUAAUACUACUAGUAAUGUCUCAUCUUCUAAAUGGCCUGCUAGACAUGAUAAGCACACCGGAUUUCGUCUGGGGAAUUAUAGUCUCUCCUCUCUAUUUCAUGCAAAAACUCCAAGCAUUUAUCUUCUGCGUUUAUGUCUAUAUGGUGCAAUACAGACUUCAGGUCAUCAACAAUUAUCUGAGAGUUUUUAUUCAAGAGCAAAAGAAGAAAACAGUCACAGUCUUUACAAUAAAGAAUAAAAAGAAAGUUGUGCCCGAAACAUCACUUAAUUUCAUAGGACGUCCCUCAGAAGAAAAUGUGAAAAUUCAAAAUCUGGCUUCAAUGUAUGAUUCCAUCGGUAAUAUCUGUUCCAUGAUCAAUCAAGUUUUUAAUUAUCAAAUAUUUAUGACUCUCGUCUCUACUUUUGUUUAUACCGUCGUUACUAUAUGGACAUCAAUCUAUUUCUUUCGUAAACCACACAAUUUAAAUCAGUUGAUUAAUAUUGGAAUUUGGUGUUUUGGUAUGAUAAGCAACAUAAUUAUCAUGUCGUUUAUUUGUGAACGAUUGCUUUCGGUGCGGACCAAGACUAAGGUAUUGGUAAACAAGUUGAUAAUGAACUAUGAUCUACCUAUAACGAUGAGAGUACAAGCGAAAGCCUUCAUGGAGUUAGUGGAAGUCUGGCCGCUACGGAUAUACAUUUACGAUAUGUUCUCGGUGGACAUUACGCUCAUGUUGAAGUUUAUAAGUGUGUCGACCACUUACUUGAUAGUCAUUGUUCAAGUUUCUCAUUUUCUUUAAAGCCUAUUCUAUUGUGUUACUCUUUUUACAAAUUGCGUAAUGCAGAAUAUCUGGAACCUAAAUCUAUCUUAUUGUAAACUUUUCUAGUAAUAUUCAAAAGAAACAAAAUGAAUUGAUGUUAUAUUUCUGUGUAAGUCACUAUUUCUGUUUUUUAAUUACAGUGUUCUAAUCACUUUCAUUAUGAUUAAUUUU